GUGAUGCAGAGGCUCUGGAGGAAGCUCCUCAGUCCUGACCGUGCGCGCAGUGAGACCGGAGCGGGGCGCGGCGAGGUGCACGCUGCCUGCUGCUGCUGCUGCUGCACAUCCUCCUCCCCUGCAAACUUCAGCCAACAACAACCCGAGGCUCACUUUACACUGUCUCUCUGUUUGUUGUUCUGAUGGCAAACUGCAUUCGGAGUUUCAAUAUGCAAUAUCAGAGAUUGGAUGCCGUGGCGAGGGCAAGCCAGUGUGACUGGAUUACAUCUGGAUGAAAGGAAGUUUUUUGGAGGAUUUAUAGACACCCGAGUUGUUGCUCUCAUUUCAUUUGUGUAUUUAUUUUUCGAAAGCCCGGCGCACAGAGCUGCAGCCUCUCUUCUCUCUGAUGGCGAACCACACCGUGGACAACAUGACGGAGGUGAACGACUCGUCGGUGCGCGACAAUCACACCCUGGGCGCCUGGAGCGACUACACCGCCGAGUACAAGGUGGUCAGUGUGUUCCUGGUGUCCCUCAUAUGCGGCGUGGGCAUCGUGGGCAACGUCAUGGUCAUCCUGGUGGUGCUCACCACCAAGCACAUGCGCACGCCCACGAACUGCUACCUGGUGAGCCUGGCCGUGGCCGACCUGAUAGUGCUGACGGCCGCCGGGCUGCCCAACAUCACCGACGCGCUGUACGGCCAGUGGCUGUUCGGCUACGCGGGCUGCCUGGGCAUCACCUACCUGCAGUACCUGGGCAUCAACGCGUCCUCCUGCUCCAUCACCGCGUUCACCGUGGAGCGCUACAUCGCCAUCUGCCACCCCAUCAAGGCGCAGUUCCUGUGCACGCUGUCCAGGGCGAAGAGGAUCAUCCUGCUGGUGUGGGCGCUCACGUCCGUCUACUGCGUAAUGUGGCUCUUUCUGUCCGACACCAAAGAGUUGGUGUACGACAACGCGGUGCUGCUCAGCUGCGCCUACAGGGUGUCCAGGAGCCUCUACCUGCCCAUCUACUUCACCGACUUCGCGGUUUUCUACGUGCUGCCCCUCAUGCUGGCCACGGUCCUGUACGGGCUGAUCGCGCGGAUACUGUUCCUGAACCCGCUGCCGUCGGACCCCAAGGACGGCACCAAGAAGUGGAGGAAGCAGACGAGCCAGGGAGGGAGGAUGAUCCGCGGCGGCUCCUCCAGCAGCACCACGGCGGCCUCCCGCAGACAGGUGACCAAGAUGCUGGCGGUGGUGGUGAUCCUCUUCGCCCUGUUGUGGAUGCCCUACCGCACCUUGGUGGUGGUAAACUCCUUCCUGGACAAGGCCUACCUGGACACCUGGUUCUUGCUCUUCUGUCGCCUCUGCAUCUACUUCAACAGUGCCAUUAACCCGGUCAUCUACAACGCCAUGUCCCAGAAGUUCCGCGCCGCUUUCAAGAAGCUGUGCCACUGCGGCCCCCAGCGCAUGGAGAAACCCGCCUCCUACAGCGUGGCGCUCACCUACAGCGUCAUCAAGGAGACGUCCAAUGGGGAAAGUCCCGACCACUUCACGAGAGAAAUGGACGAGCCGAACACACCGACGAAUCAGUAUCCGCCCACCACCAAGAGGAUGCCGUACGAGGCGCCUCCGCCGUCUGUAGCGGAUGUCAAAGUGUGAACACACAUGCUUCACCUAUCAAAGGAUAUCCGAGCGUCUGACAGCUGCAGUAUGGAUUCAGUCACCCGGUGGAUAUUACCGUCGGUUGCAGUUUAAUUUCUCUGAGGUGUUUUUCUCUCUGAAAUGUUUCCUUUACUUGACAAGCCCAUUUGCCAGAUGCCAAAUGGGUCGAGUUGAAUGAGUUAUCAUGGGCUGUCCAAAGUACUGUUUGGUUCAUCUGUAGAGAAGACAAAAGAGAGAGGAAAAAAGUCAUUUUCAUCUAAUGUAUCUGAAGAAUAAAGAAACACCUUUCUCUUGUAUAACCAGUAACAUAAACUGUUACAGGAAAAACUAAGCAUGAGAGCAGUUUGUCUUCACAGUUACUGUAUCUUCGUUGCACCAUUGGUUCGGAGUCAGACUGCCUCCCCAUCUUUUCCUCUCAAUGUCAAUGUCAAUAUUUAUCGCAACAGUAACGAAGUCGCUACGUCAUCAUUUGCUUUUGAUCUUAAGAUUCGCAUCAUCGGAGAUUCCUCUGGUAAGACGCAGAAGAAAAAAUCAACGGUUUGCCGCAUCAGCUGCACGGGUUGUUUCCUCAGCGUAGUGCGCCACCCAAUCAGGACGGACGUAGCCAAAGUAUCUCCACACAACACAUUUUACUACCUCGUUUAUUCCCCGACAGGUCUUCACAUUUUAGAUAGCUGGAGAAGUUGAGCUUUCAUUCUUCUGUACCAGCUCAAACAACCUUGCUACCUAUUUUUUGGGAAGGGUACUGUCCGUCUGUCAAAGACGACGGCUAUAGUGUUGAGCAGUAACGCAGCGCUUUACGGCAACAUGUUGCCAGUGUUGCCCAGUAUGUUUGCCAGUAUUUUUACAGACAGGUCCGAGUGGUUUUUGAUGGCGUCAUUUUUUUUUUUUUACGACGACACUCAUGAGACAAAAUCUGUGAUUUGUGGCACUACAAUAAAAUGAUAAGAGCAGAGCUGCGUACCACGACACAAAUACGUUCAUUUCUACAUUUAAACAAGGCAAUUCAAAGUGCCUUUUACCCAACGUUGUAAUACAAAGUGUAAAAGAAACAUAUUUAAUUAAAUUACGGGACUGUCCACCGGUCCGCAUUGGUCGGCACAAUCCUGCGACCUGACGUAAUUACCUAGUGUCCGAAGGCGUUUUGGUUUUUGCUCAUCUUGCCGUUGACUUCAUUGUAAAGUGCACAACAUAGAAUUCCCUAGACAGGGACUAGGAGGUAUAGUGCACGGGUGGGUGAUUUCGGACACAGCCCUUGUGCACACUUCGCGUCUUAUUAGCUGCUUUGCUGAUGUUACCCAACCGGGUGAGGCUUUGUUCAGGAAUCGGUUUGUGUUUACAGAUGGAGGGCUGAUUUGGACCCUGCAGCUCCACUGUGAGGACAGGACGUCCGUGCAGUCGUGGGCGCUGACGCAAAGCUGGCUGUCGAUGGCGAUUACGUGUCUAUAGGCUGGCCGUUUCUUAAAAGCACAUUGUCUUGUUCUUUCUUUAUUUAAUUUUUCUCUACACCUGUUGAAGAAAUUAAUACAGAUGAUGUAUUGUGCGUGUGUGCUUGUGUGUGAUGUAACUGAUUGCCUUUUCUGUUAGGUUAUUAGUAAAGAGAACCUCAAAAAACCUUUUGUGUAAUUUGUUUUGAGUAAAUGAUGAAAAGGAUAUGAAUUGAAAGUGAAUUACCUGAAGCUGCAUACGACAGGUGAGUGUUGGGUUUAGAUGUGGUGACAAACAUUGGAGAUUAUUGCCAGUGAAUCAGUCCAAUGUUUUGAUCAGGUAAAUUUCAUUUCCGAUCAGUGUUUAUACUGUUUAUAUCGCCCAGCCCGGGGACAUCGUUGUACCAGCAGUACCUGGUCUCUGCAGACCACUUGUAGCGAACAAAUCCCCCCUUUGUUCGUGUUCCUCCCCGACAGAAGCCAUGUAAUCCAACUGAAUCGAAAUGCACAACACCGUGACAUUUCAGUCUUGCUACUAGAAGGGAAAAGCGCAGACAUGGAAUUACGUGACCUUUCAAAAAGGUCCAGGCGAAGAGAGGGACGGCCGUCACAGACGUUCACAUGAACCCGCUGUAUUGAUUUCUAAAAAAAUCAUCGAACUCUAAUAAUUAACAGUGAUAGACAAUUUAAAAAAAAAAAAGAAAAAAUGAUGUUGCUUAGGUCUGCGUAAAGACAACAGCUGUGGACUCUCUGAGGAGCCUGUGAAGGACAGUGACCAGUGUACAGUAAUAACAAUAAUGAGGGAGUCGCGUGUAAGGGGGUCGUCACGGGGUCAAAUAACUCUGGGGCCUGUAAUUCACCGAGAUUGGCUCAGACUGCGGAGUGCAGCACUUUUCCGUGAUUUAGCUGCUCGGCAAAAAGCCACAGAGCAACGAUGGAAUGUGUAAAUAGAUCGCGACAAAGUGAUCCGCACUUGAGCUGGUGCAAUGGAGCGGUGCAAGUGUAUGGCUCACCUUGUCUAUUAAGAGAGAAAAUGUCUUUAGCGGUUUCUUUAGCCCGGCACGUGGAAAUUGAAGAGCACUCAGGCUGUGAAUGCUGAGUGGACUCAGUGGAACGGGCCCGCGUUCGCACGGAACAGCGGGAUCGUUGGUCCAUGUUGUACAAGUCUGGAAGUGAUCGUGCGGUGCAAUGUGAAAUUAACUCAAUAUUGUGUUUUCAAAUGUGUGCCAGUGAUUGCAUUUUGAAUAUAAUAGUAAUAUAAUACAUAAUGCUCUCUGUUCUGCAUGGCAUGAGCACGAGCUUCUGUGACGUGGGCACAGAGAUGAGGAAAAAGCUGAUGAUGUAUUUCCGACUGAGGCGAUCGAUUUGUGCACAUUUCUGUGUCAAGGUACAUUCUUUUUUUUUUCUCUCUCUCUCUCUCUCUCUCUCCGGCUCUUGCUGUUUGAUGGAUUGCUUUGUAUUUUGUAUUUGUUUCUUUGUCUACAAUAAAUUCUCAAUAAUUGCA